CGGGCACCGACGAGAUACAGUAUCUUGGUAUCGAAGCAAUCUUCUGUUACCGUCAACGCGUCUAACAGCAGUAGUGCGAAGUGUUUCACAUUCUUAUAUUAAGAUAAAGCAGAUGGCGCUCGUUCUUGAGGCACAAAUUACUUACUGUUCCACUGUGUUCCACGUAAGUGACAGACACUGGAACAACAUAACCACUUCAAUAUUUUUGUACUUAAUUUGUAAAGAUUUAACUGUUCACAGCAUAGAGUUGUAAAUAAAAGUUGUUGCAAAAAUGGUGUCUGUCCUGAAUACCGUCGAUACCGGUCAUGAAGACAUGAUUCAUGAUGCGGAAAUGGAUUACUAUGGUUUGAGGUUAGCAACUUGUUCCAGUGACAAUUCUGUUAAAAUUUUUGAUCUAAAGAAUGGAUCGCAAAGUUUGGUAGCCGAUCUUAAAGGACACAUCGGACCUGUGUGGCAGGUUGCUUGGGCACAUCCUAAGUUUGGAAAUCUCUUAGCAUCUUGCAGUUACGAUCGAAAGGUAAUCAUUUGGAAGGAACUAGGAGAGUGGACCAAGAUCUACGAACAUACUGGUCACGAUUCUUCUGUCAACUCAGUUGCUUGGGCUCCACAUGAAUUUGGUCUGAUUCUGGCUUGCGGUAGCUCUGAUGGUUCAGUGUCUAUUCUUACCAAUAAUGGAGACACAUGGGAAACACAGAAAAUCACAAAUGCCCAUACCAUUGGAUGCAAUGCUGUAAGCUGGUGUCCUGCUAUUGAACCUAGUUUUGAUGCUAGCGGAACACAGAGAAAUGGUCCAGUGAAAAGAUUAGCAACAGGAGGUUGCGAUAACUUAGUUAAAAUUUGGAAGGAAGAAGGCGAUAGGUGGAUCGAAGAAGAUAAACUUGAGGCACAUAGCGAUUGGGUAAGAGAUGUGGCAUGGGCACCUGCAGUUGGCCCAUCUAAAGCUGCCUUAGCUUCUUGUUCACAAGAUCGUAGAGUGAUUGUAUGGACUUCAAAUGAUUACACCAGCUGGACACCCACCAUCCUGAAUGUCUUUGAUGAUGUGAUCUGGAAUGUCAGCUGGUCUUUAACUGGAGGUAUCUUAGCAGUUAGCGGCGGAGAUAAUAAAGUGUCUCUCUGGCGCGAAAACACCGAGGGACAAUGGAUAUGCAUUUCUGAGACAAAUAAAGGUCAAGGAAAUCUGAACAACACAGAUCAACGUGCGUUAUAGGAGCAGAAAAAUGAGGUUAUGUUUGUAAACAUCAGCGCAGUGAAUACAGCCUACAGACCACUGCUACAGACACAGAUCCAACAUGAACAAACAUGAACAAACCAAACAAGACCAAGCAAAAAAAGAAGUAUAACAAGAGGCGACACGACACUCCCACUCCCUGCAGCACCUUUGAUGUCGACGAUUCGCUGUCCCUUUAAAUAGGUUGUAUCAACGAGCGGGAAGUUUGAAUGAAUUGGAUGUAAUACUUUCUUUUGCGUCAUCAAUUUUUCUGUAUAUUAUUAAUCAAAGUAUUUACAUUAAUUUUACAUAAUUGAAAAGUGGGAAAAUAAGAAAUAUCUUUCACAGAUGUCACUGCAAUUGAAAACAAUUGAAGAUUUUGAAAUAAUUCCCUCUCCCACACCCAAGAGGUGAGGGUGGGGGGUCAAUUAUGGUGUUAUUGAAUAGCAUUUUUAAAAAUAUCAAAUACGUCUACUCUUAUUUUUCUGAUCUGAUGUGUAUUUCUCAAGGUAUCCUCAAUUUUCAACGAUUUUUUACCCAUUUUGAUUUUUGUCGAUUACAGCGCCAUCUGUGAACCAAAAUACAAAAACCCGUAGGUCAAAUUGGGGUACUUUUUUCUGGAGAAUCCAAAUCUGCAAUAAAAAUUGGGGGUUCCCAUUUAAGUUUUUUAUUUUCCCUCACCCUCACCGCCAGCGGGAGGCGUUGGGGGGUCGAGUUUGGUAUCAUUGAAUGUCCUCCUACGAGACGAACAACUUUCAUUACCCACUUUUUUGAUCCGAUGCAUAGUUCUCGAGAUAUUUCAAUGUCUUCAGAUAAAUCGUCUACCCUGUAUACAUAUGUCUAUUACAUGAAUCAUUUCAAAAAAUGAUAAAACAGUA